CCUCCGCGCGCACCCACACGCUCACCGGCAGAGUGAAGCGCAACUGCCGGUGGACACUUGGGACACUUCUGCUAUUUAUUCUCACAGUUAGGAAGCGCAAAACAAAUUUGUUUUAAAUCAGGAAGCGACGAUUGUGUCCGUGGAGGAGGAACUUGUUUGAGUUCAGUGUUUUUGUUUUGUGUGCACUGGUGCACGUUUGCUCGUCUCACCUGAAGCCCAAUUGACUUCAAGUCUUCAUUGCAAUGGACAGCGAGGGGAGAAAGGUGGUGGUCUGUGACAAUGGAACUGGGUUUGUCAAAUGUGGCUUCGCUGGCUCCAACUUUCCUGACCACAUCUUCCCCGCCAUGGUGGGUCGACCGAUCAUACGCUCCUCCACCAAAGUGGGCAACAUCGAGAUCAAGGACCUUAUGGUGGGUGAGGAGGCGAGUCAGCUUCGGCAGCUGCUGGAGUGCUCCUACCCCAUGGAGAACGGCAUGGUGCGCUGCUGGGACGACAUGCUGCAUCUGUGGGACCACACCUUCGGACCAGAGAGGCUGGACAUCAACCCACCUGACUGCAAAAUCCUGUUGACGGAGCCGCCCAUGAACCCCCAUAAGAACCGGCAGAAGAUCACGGAGGUCAUGUUUGAGACAUACCAGUUCCACGGGAUCUAUGUGGCCAUCCAGGCCGUUCUCACGCUCUACGCACAAGGUCUGUUGACGGGGGUGGUAGUGGACUCUGGUGACGGGGUGACACAUAUCUGUCCGGUCUACGAGGGCUUCUCACUGCCCCACCUCACACGACGACUGGACAUAGCCGGCAGGGAUAUCACACGGUACCUCAUCAAGCUGCUACUGCUGCGUGGCUAUGCCUUCAACCACACGGCGGACUUUGAGACGGUGCGCAUGCUGAAGGAGAAGCUGUGUUUUGUGGGCUACAACAUCGAACAGGAGCAGAGACUCGCAGAAGAGACAACCAUACUGGUGGAGUCGUACACUUUGCCUGAUGGGCGUACGGUGAUGGUGGGUGGUGAGCGUUUCGGGGCUCCAGAGGCUCUGUUCCAGCCACACCUCAUCAACGUGGAGGGGGCAGGAGUAGCUGAACUACUCUUCAACACCAUUCAGGCUGCAGACAUCGACACCAGGUCAGACUUCUAUAAGCACAUCGUGCUGUCCGGAGGCACCACCAUGUACCCCGGGCUGCCCUCCCGACUGGAGAGAGAGAUCAAGCAGCUCUACCUGGAGAGAUGCCUGAAGGGGGACACCAAGGCCCUGUCUAAGUUCAAGAUCCGCAUCGAGGACCCGCCGCGCCGUAAGCACAUGGUCUUCAUGGGCGGGGCUGUGCUGGCCCACAUCAUGAAGGACAAGGAGUCCUUCUGGCUCUCUCGAGAGGAGUACCUGGAGAAGGGCCUUAAUGUGCUGGACAAACUGGGGAAGACAUGCUAGACACAAGAGAGAGAGAGAGAGAGAGAGAGAGAGAGAGAGAGAGAGAGAGAGAGAGAGAGAGAGAGAGAGAGAGAGAGAGAGAGAGAGAGAGAGAGAGAGAGAGAGAGAGAAAGAGAGACAUAUUCAUGAUACUUUAUCAUGCGAUGGUGGUUUAAUGGCUUCUGCUAGGGAGGGCUGCCAUCUCUUGUGGGAGCAGUUAAAGAUUCACACACAGCCACUCAAUCCCAUCCCCUGCCCUCCCAUCCCUCACAUGUUGAUAGA